AUGCUGAUUUCAACUCAAAUCUCAUCACCAACUUGUAAAAUCAUUGAAAUUCCUUCAGGUUUAAUAGAAAAUGGAAAAACUUUAUUAAUUGAAACACAUUAUGAAUUAUAUAUAAAUGAUUAUCAUUUAUCACGACCAUCACAUUUUAUUACACAAAAUCAUGGAUUAUGUCUUGUUGAUACACAACAAAAAGAUUUUACAUCAGAUGCAUAUUAUUAUCAAUUAAAUGCACAUAAUUAUGAUUAUGAACUGUUUGAAUUGAUCAUUGAAUUUCCUGCUGAAAGUUUAAAUGAUGGAAAAAGCGUUAUGAUUGAAAGAAUUAAUUCAAAUGAAGAAAAAAAAAUAUCAGGAAAUUUUGAAGAUCUUUACAAUAUUGAACAUCUAAAUGAAUCUGCCGAAACAAAAUUUGUUCAUAUUAAAGUUCCACAAGAAUUAAUCGAANAUACAUCAUCAAUAUUCAACUCAUCACCAACUUGUAAAAUCAUUGAAAUUCCCCCAGGUUUAAUAGAAAAUGGAAAAACUUUAUUAAUUGAAACACAUUAUGAAUUAUUUAUAAAUGAUUAUCAUUUAUCACGACCAUUACAUUUUAUUACACAAAAUCAUGGAUUAUGUCUUGUUGAUACACAGCAAAAAGAUUUUACAUCAGAUGAAUAUUAUUAUCAAUUAAAUUCACAUAAUUAUGAUUAUGACUCAUCACCAACUUGUAAAAUCAUUGAAAUUCCCCCAAGUUUAAUCGAAAAUGGAAAGGCUUUAUUAAUUGAAACACAUUAUGAAUUAUUUAUAAAUAAUUAUCAUUUAUCACGACCAUCACAUUUUAUUACACAAAAUCAUGGAUUAUGUCUUGUUGAUACACAACAAAAAGAUUUUACAUCAGAUGCAUAUUAUUAUCUAUUAAAUUCACAUAUUUAUUAUAAUGACUUAUCACCAAUUUGCAAAAUCAUUGAAAUUCCCUCAGAUUUAAUAGAAAAUGGAAAAACUUUAUUAAUUGAAGCACAUUUUGAACUAUUUAUAAAUGAUUAUCAUUUAUCACGGCCAUCACAUUUUAUUACACAAAGUCAUGGAUUAUGUCUUGUUGAUACACAAGAAAAAGGUUUUACAUCAGAUGCAUAUUAUUAUCAACUAAAUUCACAUAAUUAUGAUUAUGGUAAGAUUACAUUUUGAUUUUUGUUUUCUUUUUUGAUUAUCUAUCAUAUUAAAUGAUAUAUUUUCACUAACGAAUAUUCAAUUAAAUACAUACACAGCAAUUGAGAAACAACACUAGAUAAACAAAGACACAGAUCAUAUGUAUAUAUGUAUAUAUAUGUUGCAGUAGAUAUUGAAAUUUCAUUUUCUACUAGUAGAAAAUGAAAUAUUAGCUAUGAAAGAAUGGCCUUCAGACGUUUCGCCGCGGUCAUUCCGAACAUUUGUAUUUGACAUCGGAUGUUCGGAAUUGACAUUUAUUCUGUCAACGGAUGUUCGGAAAAAAGUUUAACGGAGGUUCGCAACCAAUAAAACGGAUGUUCGGAAUUGACAUUUCAGUCCUCCAACGGAUGUUCGGAAAAAAAUCUAAUGGAUGUCCGUAACUAAUAAAACGGAUGUUCGUAAGGUAAGG